AUGAUUCACUUUGUUCUUCUCAUCAGCAGACAAGGCAAAGUCAGGUUGACAAAAUGGUACUCACCUUAUUCUCAAAAGGAGAGAACGAAGGUUAUCCGAGAGCUAAGUGGUAUGAUUCUCACACGAGGCCCCAAGCUGUGCAAUUUUGUGGAGUGGAGGGGAUACAAAGUUGUUUACAAAAGAUAUGCCAGCCUUUAUUUCUGCAUGUGUAUUGAUCGGGAUGACAAUGAACUGGAGAUACUUGAAAUCAUUCACCAUUUUGUUGAAGUAUUAGACCGCUACUUUGGAAGUGUUUGUGAAUUGGAUUUGAUCUUUAAUUUCCAUAAGGCUUACUACAUACUGGAUGAAAUCCUAAUUGCUGGUGAACUGCAAGAGUCUAGCAAGAAAACCGUUGCACGUCUAAUAGCUGCGCAGGAUUCUCUGGUCGAAGCAGCCAAGGAGCAGGAAAGUUCCAUAAGUAACAUAAUUGCUCAGGCGACAAAAUGA